GCUUAUUCAGCUUGUGCUUAUCCAGAUGAUAGGAGCUGCUAAGCCGUCACUCAUACUCACUUGCACCCAGCUGGUAAUAUCUGGCACUAGCUCUGCUCACAAUGCAAUGAUGGCCGACACCGGUAACGUUUCCUACACCUACGAAGACUACUACGAUUAUGAGGAUUUCGCAUCUUUCGAUGAAAGUGAACCGAGAGCAAAUAAAUAUUCCAUUGUCAUUGCACUUUGGGUCGGCCUUGCAAUGUUUGUUGUUUUUCUGUUCCUUAUACUGCUGUACAUGUCCAGGACUGUCGCCAGAUCAAAGAACACAGCAAGAAGAAAGAGAAAGCAAAUGUUUCUAAAGGGAAGCACAGAGCGGCCGAAAGGAAGAGAACAUGGAGAAAGCAGCAGGGAUCCUGAAUAAAGAAGGGAAACUUGGGCUUUAAUGGGGUUUAUUGCUGUUUGUGCCACAUAGUGUAAAUAAGCUUAUGUGAAAAAUAGUAGAGCUGAAUCCAUAAUUAUAUUCUAUAUCCAUUUUCAUCCAUGUCUAAUCUCUAAAGGCUAGGGCACAUAAGGAUUCUUUUUAGCUUGCUGAAAAUUGACCAAAAUACCUCCCAUUGACUUCAAUAUGACAGCACCAGUACCAGAAGUUUUAGUCAGAAAAGGGUAUAUGUGGUUCUGCUGCUGUCAGGCAUUUGCCAUUAAAGUCAAUGGGAAGCUUAUCAAUGAGCAGGGUCUCCUGUAUUAGUCACUGUUUGUAUGUAACAUGUAUGUUUUGUGCAUAGAGUGCUAUGGAAUAUGUUGGCACAUUGUGAACUUGUGAUAAUAAUAAAUUGACAAUGCUGCAGGGUUACCCAGCAA